GCCGUCCGUCGCUACGUUAUUUCCGGCAGAGGAUGAACUGAGGUUUGACACCGCGGAGGGAGGCGACGCAGCGAGCGGAGUUUGCAGCAGAGCCGAUCUGGACUUCUGCGCCUUGUGUGCGUGUGUAUGUGUGCGUGUGUGAGUGUGUGUGUCUGCGUGUGUAUGUGUGAGCCGGACCAAAACAACCCCCUUCAGACAGGCGUCCGUCCCGGUAACAGCUUCUGGAAAUGCUUCUGAUACGCGUCUCUGAGUCCGGUGAGUGAGGGGUUUUUCCUCCCAGAUUCGGCUUGAUCUCCACCAUGGCAGGGGAUCUCUACAGCCCCCCGUCCCCUUUGGGGGAUUCCCUUCUGGACAGUCCCCUGUGUGGAGACCUGAUGGAGGACCUUCGUGACAUCUCUCAGUCUAUAGGAGGCGACACGCUGGGAUUUGAUUUCCCAGAGUACCAGAGCACCGGCUCAGGGUCGGAGAGCUCCGUUGCACUGGACACCUUGACCCCAGCCUCCAGUCCGUCGUCGGGGGUGUGUGGAGCUGCGCCAGGCCCCGAGGAAAGCCUCAACCUGGAGUGCCGGGUGUGCUCUGACAAGGCUUCGGGCUUCCACUACGGGGUGCACGCAUGUGAGGGCUGCAAGGGUUUCUUCAGGAGGACCAUCAGGUUGAAGCUGGAGUACGUUAAGUGUGAACGCAACUGCAAAAUCCAAAAGAAGAAUCGCAACAAGUGCCAGUACUGCCGAUUCCACAAGUGCCUCUCUGUGGGCAUGUCCCACAAUGCCAUCCGGUUUGGUCGGAUGCCCCAGGCGGAGAAGCUGAAGCUAAAGGCAGAGAGCAAGAUGGUGGAAAAAGAAGUGGAAUGCCCCUUGCUGGCCGACCACAAGAUUCUGGUCAGGCAGAUUCAUGAAGCUUACAUGAAGAACUUCAGCAUGAACAAGGCGAAAGCACGGCUGAUACUCACUGGAAAGACCAGCAGACCGCCUUUCAUCAUUCACGACAUGGUGACGUUCCAGCUGGCAGAGAAGACGUUAGCGGCCCAUAUUGUAAACAGUGACUACCCGGAGCACGAGAGCAGCCUUCAAGCUGGGGAUGUGGUUCCGAGUGUGGGGUGUGGGGAGCUUCAGCAGAGGGAGGCCGAAGCCAGGCUCUUCCACUGCUGCCAGAGCACCUCGGUGGAGACAGUCACAGAGCUGACGGAGUUUGCUAAGGCGGUGCCAGGUUUCCAGGGCCUGGAUCUGAAUGAUCAGGUGACUCUAUUGAAGUAUGGUGUUUACGAAGCCCUCUUCACCCUCCUGGCCUCCUGCAUGAAUAAAGACGGCCUCCUGGUGGCCCGUGGUGGAGGCUUCAUCACACGUGAAUUCCUCAAAAGCCUCCGGCGUCCGUUUAGUGACAUGAUGGAACCAAAAUUCCAGUUUGCCACACGCUUCAACUCUCUGGAGCUGGAUGACAGUGACCUGGCUCUUUUUGUGGCCGCCAUUAUCUGCUGUGGAGACCGUCCAGGCCUGGUGGAUGUACAGCUUGUGGAGCAGCUACAGGAAGGCAUCGUUCAGGCACUGCGGCUCCACCUGCUGGCCAACCACCCUGACGACACCUUCCUCUUCCCCAGACUUCUCCAGAAACUGGCCGACCUCCGUGAGCUGGUCACCGAGCAUGCUCAGUUAGUGCAGGAAAUCAAGACAACAGAGGACACGUCGCUGCACCCUCUCCUGCAAGAGAUAUACAGGGACAUGUACUGACACAUGUACUGGCACAUGGUCAUGAACAGGGAGAUGUAUUAAAAUGUAAGCCAGGUACACCCAAAACUGGGUAUACAUACAGUUAACUGAUACUAUCAUGCAUAUCAAUGUACUGUAAGUAACUUAUUGUGCAGCUUCUGUGGUUGUGCACUGCUGUGACCAUGUGACUCUAAAACAUUCUACUGGAACAAAACAAACGUGAAAGUCUUUUUAGGGGGAAUGGCAGCUCCUGUAGGGGAGCUGCCUGCUUCCAUGAAAGAGGAGAACAAAGUUUUUGAACUUGCACCAUAGAUGGAUAGAGAAAUGUUUUUUUUUUAAUGCAUUGAUUUGAACUAAAAACAGCCAUUUGCUAUGGACUGUGUCCCAGAUCUCGGCUUAUAAUCUCCAGACACAAGAACAAAAAAAAAGAAGGCUAAAUAAGGUGUACGCUAUGCAAAUAUGCAUGAGUGAACACAUUAAAGAUACCCUGACAUGACUGCCACAGUCAUGCAUGCACUGAUGCUAAAUACUAGCUGUGCCUGUGAACAAUAAGGUGAAUGUUUCUGACAUUUUAAAUCUUUGAUACAACUGUGAUGUGCAAAAGGAGCUAAAAGUCAUAAUCCUAAUAUUUUUGAUAUUUAGUAUAUGUUAAUUUAAAAGCCAUAUAAACGUGGCUCAUAUCACCGUCGUGUCCUUUUAGUGUGUAUUACUGCCUUACUGAUAUCAGCCAAAUGUCCUUUGACCAUGUUGAGAUUAACGGUUGAAGAAACACAUGCAUCAUUUUUCACCAAGUGCCAUAAUGUUUCAUUUAUAUAUAUAUUAUAUUAUAUUAUAUUAUAUUAUAUUAUAUAAUGUAAUAUAUUUUUUCCCCUCACAUAGUAUUAAAUCAGCCAUCAUUUGAAAAUAUUGUACUUUUAUGAGUUAUGUAUUUAUUUAAUUCUUUCCUACUGAUAAAACCAGCAUAUUCUGAUAGCUCACUUUAAACUGUUUUGUACCAAUUCUGACAUUUUUUUCAAGAAAAAAAAACUGUGUUGGCCAGUGUUGAAUAUUUUGACCACAAACACAAUAAUCUGUUAAACUGGUUUAUGCUUUAUUUUGUAAAUAUGAGGAGACUGUGGUGACCACAGUGGAAGGGAUGUUUGUAUCUGCAGACAGUAAUGCAGACUUCAAAAAGAAGAACUAAUUGCCUUGUUUUCUGUACUUAGACGUCACCUCAGCAUAGUACUGAAACAGUUUCUUGCCACAAUGAAACAUUGUAUUUUUUUAAUCAUGUAUAGUGUAGUGUACAAAAAGAACAUGUAUUUGCCAUUUCAAUAAAAGGAAUUAUGUUAUGUAAUAGCCCAGAAUAAACUACUAUAUUUAACUGA